AGUCCUCCCCGCCCGCGCGACGGGCGACAGGUGGUGCGGGCCCCGCCGCUUGCCUGGAAAUGCGAGCUACCUGGGCAGGCUCCUGCCUCCACAUCAUGGUUCCUCCCACUGCCCACCCAGGAAGGGCACAAGAGAACUCCAGCUGCCCCAUCACGCCCUGGACAUUCUCACAGCCCACCCCCCCCCAGGGCUCUAGACACAGGCCCAAGAAGAGGGCUUCUUUCUCUGAGACCUCUGAGGAUGCACAGAAACCCUCAGCACCCAGCCAUGGGCCAAAGACACCAUCGAGCAAAAAGAUGAAGGCUCCCCUGUCCCGGUCGUGGAAGCAGGACCGUGAGCAGACUCUGGCGGCAGCUUAUGUGCCGGUGGUGGUGGACCCCAGGGGCCAGAACGUGGACAAGCUCAGGUUCAAUUUCUACAGCUCCCAGUACUCCAACUCCCUGAGCCCCUUCUACACCUUGCAGAAGCCCUCCUGCGGCUACCUGUACCACCGGGACACCGACCACACCCGCAAGCGCUUCGACGUGCCUCCUGCUAACGUGGCUUUGUGGCGUUCCUAGUCCUGUGCCCGCCAGAAGCCCCCACCUGCUCCCUUGACCCCAGGGUCCCUGGGCCUCAGGCAGUGGACCGUUCCCCGGGCUAGGGCAACUGGGACAUGCCCACUCUCAACACUGGCUAAGGGAGUUCUCUCUCGACAGCAAUUAAAGUUUGUUCUUCUUUUCCCUGGCA